UUCGUCUUCUUCUGCCUCUCACACUCUGUCUCUUGUAUCUUUGAACUCUCGCCACCAUCUCCCCAAACCUCUACCCGCAAGGCCCCUACACUCCUCCCCUCUAACUUUGAAUCGAUGGCGACGUUGCGGGCGAUGAAGCACGCGAUUCGGUCCCUGGCUCCGAGGGUUCUUGAUGCCUCUUCUCUCGCGAGACAGCUCCACGCUUCCCCUGGGAGCAAAAAGAUUGUUGGAGUGUUCUACAAGGCCAAUGAAUAUGCAGCAAUGAAUCCUAACUUCUUUGGGUGCGCUGAGGGAAGCUUGGGCAUUCGGGAGUGGCUGGAAUCACAGGGCCACCAGUACAUUGUCACUGAUGACAAAGAAGGCCCGAACUGUGAGCUUGAGAAACAUAUCCCUGAUCUGCAUGUUUUAAUAUCCACCCCCUUCCAUCCGGCCUAUGUUACGGCGGAGAGAAUCAAGAAGGCCAAGAACUUGCAACUUCUUCUCACUGCUGGGAUUGGCUCUGACCACAUAGAUUUGAAAGCAGCAGCUGAAGCUGGACUGACUGUUGCUGAGGUCACCGGAAGCAAUGUGGUCUCGGUUGCAGAAGAUGAGCUUCUGCGAAUUCUCAUUCUUGUUCGAAACUUUCUUCCAGGUUAUCAUCAGGUGAUUAAAGGUGAAUGGAAUGUUGCAGCCAUUGCAUAUAGGGCCUACGACCUUGAAGGCAAGACUGUUGGGACUGUUGGGGCUGGUCGCAUUGGAAAGCUUUUGCUCCAGCGUCUAAAGCCCUUCAACUGCAAUCUGCUGUACCAUGAUCGGCUCAAAAUGGAACCUCAACUAGAGAAAGACAUUGGGGCAAAAUUUGAGGAAGAUCUUGAUGCUAUGCUUCCUAAGUGUGACAUUGUUGUUAUCAACAUGCCUCUUACUGAGAAAACUAGAGGAAUGUUUAACAAAGAUAAAAUUGCAAAGAUGAAGAAGGGAGUUCUCAUUGUAAAUAAUGCCCGAGGAGCAAUCAUGGAUACUCAAGCAGUUGCAGAUGCAUGCUCCAGUGGCCACAUUGCAGGUUACAGUGGUGAUGUGUGGUACCCACAGCCUGCUCCAAAGGAUCACCCAUGGCGAUACAUGCCCAACCAUGCAAUGACACCUCAUAUUUCAGGAACUACCAUUGACGCCCAACUGAGGUAUGCUGCUGGAACUAAGGACAUGUUGGAUAAAUACUUCAAGGGAGAGGAUUUCCCCCCACAAAACUACAUUGUUAAGGAAGGCAAACUGGCGAGCCAGUACCUCUGAUCGUACUUUGGUCGACGAAGGAGGGACUUCUUCCUACGAAUCAGUGGGUGGGCUGUGCUGUUAGAAGUCCAAAUAAAUCCUAUGAGUUCACUGUAUGCAUCUGUUGACUAACUCUUCUGUUGAAAGUAACAAUUAUGUCAGUAAACUGUGGUGGCUAGCAGCGAAAUUGUCUUUCAGCUGAUUGUGCUGUUCUUGAUCGAUGCAUCAAGUUGAUUCAUAGCUUGGUUGGUUUCUGCACUUGAGUUUGUUUCGACGGUCCUGCUGAGUUUACAAACAGGAAUUUGGAAUCAUUUGUAUGUUGAAAAUUCAGAAAUAUUCUGAAUGAGGAUGGAGAGGGGAGAGUCAGUUGAGCUCUUGUUGAUAGAUGCUGGUCCAUUCAUAAAUUCAAUAACCUACUAUCUGAU